AUGGAUGAAGAGUCUCAAUUGAAGUUGAUUCAAGAUAUAAGAAGGAAUCUUCGGAGGGCAUCCCAGGAUCUAUCUAAAUGGAAACUUUAUAAAUCUGCGAAAUGGGCCGCUGAGGCUCUUUGCGGGAUGGGUCCACCUUCUACAGCCACUUUAGAACCUGUGGAUGAAUCACCGCUUCGAAAUAGAGCAUCAAAGGGGAAAAAUAUGGAAGAAGAAAGAAAGAAGAAGUCGUUAAGUGAGGAUGAGCAUGAUUUGUAUUUGUUGGCGUCAAGUUUAUUUGAUUGCAAGGAGUUUGAUAGGUGCACUUAUUUCCUUAAGGAUGUAACCAACCCCUGUUUAAUGUUUCUGAAACUAUACAGUCAGUUUCUUUCAUGGGAUAAGAAGACCCAAGAGAGUUUGGAGAGUGUAUUGACUACGGGGAAAUUGUCCAAAAAUAGCUCUAAUAAUAAUGGAAUGUCUGUUACUGGAAUAGGAGAGGAUACGAUGUCAGAAAGAAGGAGGGAAAAGCAAUCACAUGGUGUAGUCACUAUGGAGGAUGGACAUCAAUCCAGUAUUGCAAUAAUUUUGAUGGAGUUAAAUUCAUAUUUAGAUGAUGUGCUUGGCACCAAUGAGAAAAAAGAAGAAUCACAAGAUAGACUUGGCUUAGGGCUGUUAUAUUAUUUGAAAGGUAUACUUUUACAAAAUGACAACAAUAAGUCGCAGGCAAUGGGUGCAUUUCUUAAAUCACUUUCGUAUUAUUCCUUUAAUUGGUCAUGUUGGGUGGAAUUAUUAGACUGCGUAACGAGAGCCGAUGAAUCAAUGCUAUUACUAACACAUAUAAAUGACAAAUUCACAUUAAUAUCGGAUCACAAGGAAGACUAUGAUUAUGAUACGCAAAAUAUCGUUCAAUACAAUGUAAUGACUAAAUUCUUCAAAUUGGCGAUAUCACAGGACUUAAAUGGAAAUAUUGAUGAAUUAAUGGAAAUAAUUGAGGCAUUGCUUGUCAUUUUCCCCAAUUUUGCAUACAUUAAGGCCCAAAAUGCAUUGGUAAAUUAUCAUUAUAUGGACUACGUGAAUUCAGAAAAUUUAUUUGAGCAAGUAGUUAAAAUGGAUCCAUAUCGAUUAGAUGACUUGGACACAUAUUCCAACAUUUUAUAUGUGAUGCAAAAACACUCCAAACUUGCAUAUUUGGCGCAAUUUGUUGCUCAGAUUGAUAAAUUCCGUUCUGAGACAUGUUGCAUUAUGGCGAAUUAUUAUAGUGCAAGACAAGAGCAUGAAAAAUCCAUCAUGUAUUUUAGAAGGGCUUUAACUUUAAAUAAGAAGUGUACUAGUGCCUGGACUUUAAUGGGCCAUGAAUUUGUGGAACUAAAAAACUCUCAUGCUGCUAUAGAAUGUUAUAGAAGAGCAGUAGAUAUUAAUGUUCGAGACUUCAAAGCAUGGUAUGGUUUGGGACAAGCAUAUGAAGUACUUGAUAUGCAUCUUUACUCAUUAUAUUACUUUCAGAAGGCAUGCACUUUGAAACCAUUAGACAGGAGAAUGUGGCAGGCCCUUGGAACUUGUUACACUAAAAUAGGAAACAAGACGGAGGCAAUAAAAUGCUUUGAAAGGGCAAUUCAGUUAUCCGGGAAUGCAGAUCAAGAUACAACACUAAUGUACAACUUAGCUAAGUUAUAUGAUCAGCUCAAUGAUGCAGCUAAUUGCAAGCAGUACAUGAUACGAUGCGUGAAUAUGGAAGCGCAAAUGGAUGGACAGCAGACAGACGAGACGAUAAAGGCUAGAUUAUGGCUGGCCCGAUGGGAGUCUAAGAACGGCAACUACGAGAUUGCAUACAACUAUGCUGCCAGUAUUACCAAUGGGACAGCAGCAGAAGUAGAAGAGGCGAGGUUUAUCGCGAAAAAUUGUCAGAAGCUGAUGUAG